AUGGAAAUUAAUAAAGAAAAAGAGAUUUUCUUUCAUUCUGAUAUCAAAUUAUCUAUGGAUUGUGAUAUUUCAAUGAAUAAUAUGAAUAAUUUUACAUUACAUAAUGAAUCUGUAUUGGAUUUAUCAUUAACACCAAAUUCAAAUGAAAAUUUUUCACAAUAUGAUAGAACAAAUUCACAUAUGCCAUAUGAAUUAACAAAUUGUACUACAAUGUAUUCUGUUAUAUCAGAUAUCAAAAAUUAUUAUUCUAUUGAAAAAACUUUAGAAACGAUAUCAUCAAAUCAUUGUACUAUUGGUGAUAGUAUUCAUAAUACUGAUAAUAUUGCAUUGAAUUCUGGAAAUUAUAUUCCAAAUAUCCCAACACCUGAACAAUUAUUAACGUCAACUGAAGAAACUUCUUACAGUUUACAUGAGGUUCGGCAUCGUGCGUUCAGGCACAGAGAUGAUAUUUCAAUUGGUGUCACAAUCUUGAAAUAUCGACUUUGGUGGCUUGGACAUGUUCUACGAAUGUCGUCUCAGAGAAUUCCUCGUCGUGCAUUAUUUGCCGACUCUGGGACUGGUUGGAAGAAGCGGAGAGGUGGUCAGUGUAUGACAUGGUGUCGUGGUCAGAUAAAUUUUGUAAAUUUAUUUCGUCAAGCAUGGCAUUACUACCAACAAUAUUUGAUACAACCAAAUUACUCAUUUCAUACAACUUAUCUACCUACAGAUGAUUAUCAAUGUUAUGUACAUAAUAAUCAACUAAUGUUUACUAGUUCUGAACCAUCAAAUAUAUUAAUUUCACAAUACAAUGCUACACAUUAUCACAGUAAUGAUUCUGAAUGUCCAUCAAAACCAUCAAUACACUUAAUUCCUGACACUAAAGAAAAUAAUAUACCUAUAUCAAAUUAUUCCACAUCUGUUAUAAGUACAGAUAAAAAUGGUAAGAUUACUUCGAAUGGUUCUGAAUCUCCAGGAGAUAAACCUCGUCAAUAUCGUAAAGCAAGAGCAUAUUUUCAUCCAAAGCAAAUGAAUUGUUUAGAAUCAUUUUUCCAAAAAAAUCCUUAUUUAUCGACAAAAGAUCGUGAAUAUUUAUCUAGAAAACUGAAUCUUUCAGAAGACAGAAUUAGAACAUGGUUUCAAAAUAGACGAAUGAGAGAAAAACGCAAACCUGGAAUAAAUUAUGAUUCUGAUAAUUCAUCAAUGAAUUCUAUUGCAAAAAUCGAUUAUUCAUGA